GGUAUAUAUACCAACCACCGUCGCCGUACUGUUCUUCGCGAUAUCAACAAGAAAAUGAUUUUUCACGUUUGCGUGCAUCAGCUGAUCUCUAUCUCAAUCGUCUCCGUCGCAAGUGUUUAUCUGUAAGACGCAAUCUUCGUAAGUCUCCGUUCGUCUUCCUCUUCCUAUUGCAGCGUGCGUUUUUUUUUUCUCUCUCUUUCGCAAUGGAUUCUGCUGUCAAGUCGUUUUUGGUGGAAUUUAGAGCCUCUGCCAAUGGUUUCCUGUCAAAGUACGAGCCGCUGGCUCUCGUUUUUGGUCCUCUUUUCGUCAUACUCUUGGCUCGGUUGCUUCAGUCAUUUCUGGAUCUUGUUUAUGAAAGAGGACUUAAAGCCACCUUCAUAUCGUUCUUCAUGGCUACGAUUAAGUUAAUUCCAGUGGUGAAACGUCGGAUUGAUUCUGAGAAGCAGAAGGUUGUGGAUAAACUACAAUCCAGCGGUCAAUCUAAAAGAGAAAGUUGGAGGACUGAGUUGCCAAGGGCCGGCCUGGGAUCUGAAGUCAUUGUGAAAAUGAAAAAUGAGAAACAAAAUGAUGUGGUUUGGCAAGGCAAAUGCUCGGGUACAGUCUACAUUGGAGGAACGGAAUCUGAAGGUCAUUUUUCUCUCAUAAACGAGGCAUGCUCAAUGUUUGCACAUACAAAUCCUUUGCAUUUGGAUGUAUUUCAAAGUGUCGUGCGGUUUGAAGCUGAAGUGGUGGCCAUGACUGCUGCUCUUCUUGGCAGUAAAGUGGAGGCUUCUGGGGGGCAAAUCUGCGGCAACAUGACGUCGGGAGGAACUGAAAGCAUUCUAUUGGCUGUGAAAUCAACUCGUGACUAUAUGAAAUCCAAGAAGGGAAUUACAAAACCUGAAAUGAUCAUACCCGAGUCUGCACAUUCUGCAUAUGAUAAGGCUGCUCAAUAUUUUAAUAUCAAGUUGUGGCGUGUCCCUGUAGACAAGGAAUUCAAAGCUGAUGUCAAAGCUAUUAGAAAAUUUAUCAACAGGAACACUAUCUUGAUUGUUGGAUCUGCACCUGGUUUUCCCCAUGGAAUCAUUGAUCCGAUUGUUGAACUUGGGAAAUUAGCUUCUAGCUAUGGUAUUUGUCUUCAUGUUGACUUUUGUCUUGGCGGGUUUGUGUUACCGUUUGCACGUAAGCUUGGGUACCCAAUUCCACCUUGUGAUUUUUCAGUUAAAGGAGUGACAUCAAUAUCUGCGGAUGUACAUAAAUAUGGAUUAGCCCCCAAAGGAACAAGUAUAGUGUUGUACAGAAAUCAUGAGAUUAGAAAGCAUCAAUUUGUUGCUGUAAGUGAGUGGUCUGGUGGGCUUUACGUCUCUCCAACAAUAGCUGGAAGCAGACCUGGUGGUUUGAUUGCUGGGGCUUGGGCAGCAAUGAUGUCUUUGGGAGAAGAAGGAUAUUUGCAGAACACAAAAGAGAUCAUGGAAGUGUCAAAGAAGAUACAUAAAGGGGUAAACGAAAUUCCUGAGUUAUUUGUCGUCGGAAAGCCAGACAUGACAAUUGUAGCAUUUGGAUCUACUGUUAUUGACAUUUUUGAAGUCAAUGACAUUAUGUCAUCGAAAGGCUGGCAUUUGAAUGCCUUGCAAAGACCUAGCAGCAUUCAUAUCUGUGUGACGCUUCAACAUGUAUCGAUAGUCGACAACUUUCUCCAGGAUUUGCAAGAAUCUGUCAACACUGUCAAACAAAAUCCAGGGCCUAUUACUGGAGGAUUAGCACCAAUAUAUGGUGCUGCCGAGCGAAUGCCAGACAGAGACAUGGUUCAGGACUUGCUCAUAAGCUACAUGGAUGGUACAUGCUAGCAGGCAGUGUGCAGGCCUCAUUUGCUCGCACUGGUUUGUUAAAAUAUAAAAUUUGAUUUUAUACUGUCUCAUUCACAAAGAAUCAAAUUAAAAUUAUGAAAAUAAUAAGCUAUAUUCUUAUUAUAAUGUUUGUUGUUGCUGUUAAGUGUAAUGUGUUGAAUUAUUGUCAUAUUUUUAUUGUCUUAUAAACAUUUAUUUGAAACCUUCAUAUGUAUGCUCAAAUUUGAGACAGAGACUUGGAAGGA